GGCACAGGAAGCUAAAAAGACAAGGUCUCUGUUUUUGCCCAGCUGCUGUUUGCAGAGGAGGGGGGUACCACUGUGUUCACACGCUGGGGAUGCUACACCCACAGAAAGAAAGUCACAUAGGCAGAUAAGCUCCCUCCUCAACCACUCCCUUUGGUCGUGGUUAGCCUGAAGGCGUCUUUGCUCAUGUAAUGCACUCGCUCACUCAAGAAAUCAGAGCCUUCUCCCGGACUAAUUUAAGAAAACAAUGCACCCGAGUCACCACUUUAUCCGGGAAGAGAAUUAUAGAGACGUGGAAAGAUGCCCGAAUGCAGGUGGUGGAAGCAGCUGAUCUGAACGAUGGGGAUGCUUGCGGCUACGUCCAGGACUUGAGCUUGGAUCUGCAAGUGGGCGUCGUGAAACCGUGGCUCUUGCUGGGAUCGCAGGAUGCUGCCCAUGACCUCGAGACCAUGAAAAAAUACAGGGUUACUCACGUUCUAAAUGUUGCCUAUGGAGUUGAAAACGCCUUCCCUGAUGACUUCACGUACAGGACCAUUCCUAUCCUUGAUCUUCCCGAGACUGACAUUUUGUCUUAUUUCCCUGAGUGCUUUGAAUUUAUUGAGCAAGCCAAGUUGAAGGAUGGCGCGGUGCUCAUUCACUGUAAUGCGGGAGUCUCUCGUGCUGCGGCCAUCGUCAUUGGCUUUCUAAUGCAUUCAGAAGGACUCAGUUUUUCUCAGGCUUUUUCUGUGGUGAAAAAUGCGAGACCGGCCAUUUGUCCAAAUUCCGGUUUUAUGGAGCAGCUUCAAAAAUACCGACAGCGCAAUAAUAAAGCAAAUGGAACCUUAAAUAAUAUCUGAAUGGCGAAAGGGGAAGGAUGAACCUUUGGUUGCACUAGAAUGGAAGAUGCAGCUGACACGUUGGGCUGCAGUCACGGGACAUGCCCAAAAUUAGCCCCUGAAGCUGAGCUGUGAUUGUGGAGUUAACCUUCGUGCUCUCAUACAUUAUUCUAAAUUAAUUUCCCCUCUUCUAAUUAUUCUGUUUGCUUUUUUAAAAAAAAUUCUCACAGUAAUAGGUGUAACAAUAAUGAAUCAGCUUGGAUUUGCAAUGACUGGUUGGUUUGGUGGUUGCUGUCUUGCAUGUAACUGUCCUCUGCUGAACCAUGGUUGCCAACUUCCAGGUGGGACCUGGCGAUCUCAUAGAAUUACAGUAGAUUUCCAGACAACAGAGAUCAGCUCCGUUGGAGAAAAUUGCUGCCUUGAAGGUCCGAUUCUAUGGUAUUAUACCCUGCUGAGGUCUGUCCCUCCCUAAACCUUGCUCUUCCCAUAGUCCCCAAAUCUCCAGGAAUUUCCCAACCUGGAGUUGGCAACUCUACUACUGUUGCAAGUUUGUUUAUGAUUGCAGCUCAGGCAUAUCAUCUAUGCAAGAGACAAAAUUAUUUCAUAGCUGUCCUUCAUUUUCUUCAGGAAUGAUUUGUCACAAGAGUUUGUUUUUACCAAAGUGAUUAAAUAUCAAGGGGAGGGGUGGGUUGGCUCGCUAGGUGGAUCAAACAGAAGAAAAUUUAAGUUUUUCUCCUGAGAAGUGCAGGUAGGUGGCUAGAAAAGAAACAUGCCAGCCCAUUGCUCCAUUUGCCUUGUACAUUCAAUUUUCAUGAUUGUAAAAAUCUAGAUAAUAAAGCAUUCUUAUAAAAACAAA